AUGGGCAAGAUUGUUGCAACGGUGUCUGCAUUCUCUGUUUAUAACCCAUACAACCGCACGUCCGAUGGUGUAUCUAGACUUACAUUCUCCAGCAUAAUAUACCAGCAUGGGAAUGAUUUUGAUUUGUCUUCUGGAACGUACAAGUGCUCCAUACCUGGAACCUAUUAUUUUGCUGCCACCUUAGUGAAGAAAAGAUCAAGUUCCAGAGUGGACCUUGUAGACUGUGAUCUUUACAAAAAUCGAAAUAAACUUAUUAUAAUUAAGGUCGACCCAACAGACAAUGAUACAGACAAAGGGAGUGCGGCAAUAUCCCAGUCUGUUGUGAUCAAUCUUGACAAGGGAGACAACGUGUAUCUCGGCAGCUGCAGUGAUCCGAGUACCCGUAUGGAAUAUUGGUCUUCAUUUACCGGAUUUCUUCUUUAUCCUGAUGAUUGA